AGCAGAUUUCCACGGAAUUUCCUAAUUUAUUAUUAUUAUUUUUGUACACGGCAAUUAAUAUAGAAUUGCUGUCGCUUCUCCAUGGUAAUGAAGGUGUUUACAAUUAUUAGUUACAAUCCAAAAAAGACGAAUCAACGAUCAGUGCGAUAGGGAAGUAACAGCUUCAUUUCUUCGCGUCGCCGUCGUCCGCCCACACACACGCAGCCAGAUAAAGAUACGCGCACAGACACAUAGACACAAACAAAUCUCCGUCCUAAGAGAAUCAGAGACCAAAUAGUUCGCCAUGGAUGUUGUUUGUGUAAUUGAUACUGUGAUUGGUGAUCAUCUGGAUGAUCGUACUUGCGCUUUGGAGGAAGUUAAACUGGCAGUUCAAUCUGCUGGAGCUAAUUUUCAACGUGUACAGUUCGAACGUCUGGAUUUUGGCGAAACAAAUGCUCUGGCAACAUUCUAUGAUGCCGAUGUGGCCAUUAUUGAUUUAAGCAUCCUAACCCAACAGCGUCCCCUCUCCUAUCAUUAUGGUGUACGGGAGAGUUUUGGCAUGAAGGAGAACAUAUUGAUUUACAACGAUGUGGAGUCCAAACAGACCCUCAGUCUAAAGCUCUCGUGUGCCAAUUAUUUAUUUUUAAGCUACAAACGCAAUGAGGAGACCAACACCUGCAAUCUUACAAAUCAAGCCAAUGCCAAGGAGCUACCCGCCGCCGAAGGAGCCCGAGUAGUGCCCACAUUGCAGUCGCGUCUCAAGCGCAAACUGCAAGAUGUUGAAAUUCAAUCGAAAGCACACAUGCGAGAGAAAUUCCUAAGCGAUAUGCGAGCAGCCCGUGAUACUUAUGCCACCAAUGGAGCCAAAUUGCAGAGCAUUCUGCAUGAUAUGCGCAAACGUCUGGACGAUCCGCAUGUCCUGUCGGGUGAAGUAGUGCACAGUUUUAUGUGCUCACUGCGGGAUGUGCAGGACUACGAUGCCAUGGUGCGGCUGGUAAACGAUUUAAAGAAUAUACCAAAUACGCGAAAAUAUGUGGAAACAGGCAAUAUGAGUUUUCUCUAUGCCUUCGCUUUGAAUCGCCGAAAUCGCAAGGGUGAUAGAAAAAAAGCAUUGGAAUCCUCUUUGAAAGCUUUGGAAAAGAAAGAGAAUCAUUUUCCUGACAUGCUUUGCUUGUGCGGUCGCAUCUACAAGGACAUCUUUGUGGAAUCCGAUUACACUGAUGCCAAGAGUCUAGCCAAUGCCAUCAAAUGGUAUCGUCAAAGUUUUGAAGUGCAACCAAAUGAAUAUGCUGGCAUUAAUCUGGCCACUCUUCUGGUUAUCGAGGGCAAAGAAUUUACCAAUACCGAGGAAUUGCAACACAUUGGAAUGACUUUGAAUAAUCUGAUUGGCAAAAAAGGUAGUCUUCCAACGCUAAGUGAAUAUUGGGAUGUGGCCACAUUCUUCGAAAUAUCCGUCCUGGCCAAGGAUUAUGCCAAGGCCAUACAGGCUGCUGAAUGUAUGUUUAAACUAAAACCACCCAAUUGGUAUCUAAAGUCCACAAUUGGUAACAUUUCGUUGAUUCAUCGAUUUCGGAAAAAAUCCGAGGAACGUUUACCCACCAUUGAGGAGCAAGUAUUUCAAUUUUGGAUGGAUUUCUUUCUGGAGGCCACAAACACCGAGGAGAUUAAAAAUAGCAUACGAUUUCCCAUAUUGAUUCUAGAACCACAAAAGAUUUAUAUGCCCAGUUAUGUCACCAUUAAUAUGGAUGCCGAAGAGAAAUCUAUACAAAUUGUUAACAUUUGCUUAGCGCAUACGAAAAAUGCUUGUAAGAAACUGCAUGAUUUCCUAUUUGUUGCCUCGAAAAUCAAAUCGGUCAGCCUAUAUAAACGGGAUGAUCGUUGUGCCUAUCUCUAUGUACAUCACAAUUCCGAUGAUUUUCAAAUUUAUUUUCCAUCAACGGAAUGUAGGCAAAAGUUUUAUAAUCUUAUAUUAGAAAUGACUGCCGAUCAGGAGGUCUUUGUUAAUCUCAACAAUGAUGAAGCUCAAAUAGAGUAUGAAUACGAUUAUGAUGAACAGAAUCGUAAAAUGGUCUUGGGAAAGGGCACCUAUGGCACUGUCUAUGCAGCCCGGGAUAAGCAAACGCAAGUGAGAAUUGCCAUUAAGGAGGUGCCGGAAAAGAAUUCACAGGAUGUCCAGCCAUUACAUGAGGAAAUCAAAUUACACUCACAGCUGCGACAUCGUAAUAUUGUGCAAUAUUUGGGCUCACGGUCCGAGGAUGGUUUUUUCAAAAUCUUUAUGGAACAAGUGCCUGGUGGUUCGCUCUCGGAUCUAUUGGAAACGAAGUGGGGUCCAUUGAAGGAUAAUGAGUCAACUAUGGCUUUUUAUUCGAAGCAAAUACUCGAAGGAUUGAAAUAUUUGCACGAACAGGAUAUUGUACAUCGUGAUAUUAAGGGCGACAAUGUGCUAGUCAAUACAUACAGUGGUGUUGUGAAAAUUUCCGAUUUUGGUACCUCAAAGCGUCUGGCACGCAUUAAUCCUAUGACGGAAACAUUUACGGGCACCCUGCAAUAUAUGGCGCCGGAGGUUAUUGAUCAGGGUGUAAGGGGAUAUGGCCCAGCUGCUGAUAUAUGGUCAUUUGGAUGCACUAAUGUGGAAAUGGCCACGGGCAAGCCGCCAUUUAUAGAGCUUGGCUGUGCCCAGGCGGCCAUGUUCAAAGUGGGUUAUUACAAGAAGCAUCCAAAUAUACCCGAAGAGUUAUCACAGAAUGCCAAGAAUUUCAUUUUGCGAUGUUUCGCCAUUAGUGUAAUGGAUAGACCUUCCGCGCUGCAGCUGCUCGAUGAUCCAUUUCUGACUGACAAACCACGAAAGUUGCGUCCUGGGUUGCCAAUCAAUACUGACUUUGGACGCAGCAUUUCAGUGCCCGCGGAUCGUUUGGUGCACAAGACAACGCCUCCUUUGAGCUAUAAUACAACCUGCAACACACCUACCACACCAGAGUUGGAAGUUACCCAUACUUCCUCUGUGGACAUUGAUGAGCUGCCCAGUAAUCAAUUUCUUUUGGAGCGUCGCAACUCGUCUGGUUUUCUGCUAUCACCGGAAAUUGAACCUCAAACGCCUUCGUUGCGCACCAGCAUCAGUGAGACAAGUGAAACCGAUGGAUUUUAUCGCCUUAAAAAGGAUUCACAGCGUCGUACCACCUUAUCUAAGGUUCUUGCAUUGGACGAGCCAAAGAUCUGUGACAUUUGGUUAAAGAAAAUCAAUGCCGACCAAAACUCAAUUGCCAUUCGGAAAAGUGAUCUGGAGGUGCUCAUACGUGGAUUACGUGACUACAUUAUGAAUGAAAAUGAGAAGCAUUUGGAGGCCACCAUCAAUGAGCUAAAACAGAAACUCAAUAACGAUGCAGUGGCUCUGGAUCAUCUACAUUUGGCCCUAUACUCAUUUCAGGAUGCUGUGGUUAGUGUUUUACGGUUUCAUUGCAUCAAACCACAUUGGAUGUUUGCCCUGGAUAAUUUGGUCAAGCGGGCAGUACAAGCAGCAGUUACCAUUUUCUCACCGGAACUGGGAGCCAAUUUGGCAGACAAGGAUUUGUCCGGCAACGAUGAUGAGAGUGUGAACACCUGCCUGGCCAGCGAGGGUCAAGAGAAACAACAACAGCAGCAACAACAGAGUCUUGAUAAGUUAUUGCCCACCAGCAGUUCUGGUGGACAUUUAGCUCAAACGGAUGGAAAUAUACCAGAAGCCAUGGGCUCAUCUCUUGAGUGUGCGCGUAUUUUGAGGGAUAUACGAGACAAUCAAAAGCAAUUGCAACGUCAGAUAAUGGAACAACAGCGUCAAAGUCUGCGUGCUCUGCAUAAUAUUAGUCAAGAAUUGGCCCAUAUUUAUAUGGGCGGCAGAAAGAGAUUAAGGCGUACCUUUAAUGGUUUCAACAAAAAGUGCCAUAGAAUGAGUAACAGUGGUGCUGCACCUAGUGCAAUUCGUCCGUCCAAUGCUAGCCAUCCAGCUAGACGACAACUAAAUAAGCGCAACUUCGGUCUGCAUGAAGUAGACGAGCAGUUGGAGCAAUGGCUGUCCCAGAACGAUAUCGAUGAUUUCUCAAAAACGCUCAUUUUGAAUGAAGGAUUUACAUUUGAGGAUUUCAUCUAUAAUAUGGAGAAGUUGGAUCUCAUGAGGCUGGGCUUACGUGUGGGCAUUGAGGUUCGCUUAUGGAAGCUAAUCAUACAGGAGCGUGUCUGCACUUCGUCUGAUUGUGUGGAUAGUCCGCCCAGUACUUAUCAUAGGCCAAUUGCCACUGCCACCACCACAUGCACCGCCAGCACCACUAGCAGUCUUGCUUUAAUCAAUAACAACAACAACAAUAAUAAUAUUGAUAAUACGUUAGCAUCACCCACAACGACUACGCCCGGAACCCCGGGCAUAAAGACGAGAAUUAAAAAGAGUGAAAGUGAAUACGAUUCAUGCAGCGAUUGACCAAUUGAUAGCCCGAACUGGAUAUGAAAUCGGGCAUUGGCAGAACUAAAACUGAGCUCGGAAUGCAGAUAUGAAUUCAUAUAUAAAAUAAUGUUGUUGUUUUGGCUUUAACCGUUUUGCGGUUUACUUGUUAAAUGUGUUGUAUUUCUUAUUAUUAUUUUUUUUUGUGCUACUAACAAAUUA